AUGAGCGGAGCCAAGCUGAGUUUCACCAUCUAUAAUAUGGCCAAAACUACAUGGAACACGCUGCAGUUGCGUAAGCAGUUGCGCUCGAAGCGGCGCGGUGGAGAUAGCGGUUGGAAUCGAGGUGGGAUCAUCGCGGACUACAGUGAGAAAAGGCAAUCGUCACCUAAAUGGUGUAACACAUUGAUGGAUAUGAGGAAAAGAAGUGAAUUUCGCUUUUGUCUCUCGCAGUGCACAAGGAGUGUGGACGAGGAGUAUUGUGUGAGAAUUUCGGAUGAUUUUGAGCGCUUGUUGCACGUCAGGCUUCAGACUACAAUCAGGUGGGUUAGAAAUCAUCCGAAUUAA